ACAAUCGCAUCCCGUCAACUUUUUUCCGCAAUUCGCGCGCGAUUUCAAGUUUGGAACGUUCGAACUUUAAAAGGAAAUUAAAACUAAACUCAUUAUUUCGUUCCAUUAUCAUUCAUUUAAGUUCGUGUUUCAGUUUUAAAUUAUAAUUGAAUACUUCCGUGAUUUGAAUUUCGAAAAGUUAAUUUGAAAUUCGAAAUUAGUGAAAGUGAUGUCUUAUUAUUAUUAGUUGGAUGUGUUUUAGUGCGUAAUUUAAUUAAGAACUAUGGAAAGGAAAAGAAAAAUGUUACGUCCAACUCUGUUCCGCGGACUGAGUCAAGACUCAGCGAAUGACUCGGCGGCCUACGAACUCGACAGGAGCCGCCGAGCAUCGCUCAGCGCUGAGCAGCGGCGGCGGCUGAGCAUGCUCAGGACGUCGAGCAUCCCGGCGGCGCUGACUCCGGUGAGCCACAUUUACCAUUUGGUUCCCUGCCCGAGAAACUGUUGCAAUCAGAAAUAUGUGGUCAGCACAGAUCGUAGUGGCGACAUCCAUGUCCAUGUUCAGGGUGACUUGAGCAUGCAGGACAAGCGAUGCGUUUUCAUUACCGUACACGACCUAGGGACCAACCACACUUCAAUGGUGGACUUCGUCAACUGUCCAGCCAUGGCGGAGAUCAAGGAGCGCUCCUGCUUCAUACACGUGGACGUGCCCGGACACGAGGAGAACUCCCCAGACCUGCCUGAAUCUUACCCAUUCCCCUCACUCCAGACCCUAGGUGAAGAUCUGAUCACAGUGCUGGACUUCCUCCAUGUUCGCUACGCGGUCGGUCUCGGUGAGGGGGCCGGAGCCAAUGUCCUCGCCCGGUUCGGCAUCGCCCACCCUCGCCGCCUUCUCGGCCUCAUCCUGGUGAACUGCUCCGGGUCCACGUCCUCGGUCCUAGACGCCUUCCGGACAAGGUUCUCCCGCUGGAAGGGCACCGACAUAUCGCAGUCGGAAGAGGAUUUCCUCAUAUACCACAAGUUUGGACACGUGAGUUUUGUGACCGAGCUGCUUGCCUAUAGCUACCAGCAAAUCUCGAGCGACUCGUGCGAGGCGGGCGAGCGAGAGCGCAUGCUGGCGGAGUACCGCUCGCGUCUGCGCGGAAACCUCAACACGCACAACAUCAAGCAGUACGUGCGCGCCUUCAUACACCGCAAGGACCUGGUGCUGCGAGGCUGCCAGCCCGACAUCCUGCUCAUCACCGGCAUGCUGAGUCCGUACUCCAGUGUGGUGGAGAAGAUGUACAAGGAGCUGGACAAGGAGCGAGUCACCAUGCUGAAGGUGGACCGCGCGGGGGAUGUGCUGUCUGAAGCUCCAGCCAAGGUGGCCCAGUCUCUGCUCCUCUUCUGCCAAGGCCAGGGUCAGUUGACGUCGCUGCCGCCGCCUGGCGUCGAGCGUCGCAUGUCUCGCGCCAUGUCCAUGGAAGAGUACGACAAGCCGAACAUUCGCCGCCUCUCCCUCACGCCGGCCGCCUCGGAAACACCGCCGAGGAGGUUGUAGGGGAUAGCCUUCGCCUCCUUCGAGGAGGAGCCCGUAGACAGAGGCGAUUCGUUUGUGUAGAUCAAUCGAAAAAUAAAAACGUCGCCAUGUUGCGGGAAACGAUGGAUAUGAUUUCUUCUAAUAAAUAUAGAAUGUACUUGCCGGGUAUAAACCCCGGCAAUUAAGUUGAACCAAAUUUACAGAUGUCUACGCAGGUACAAUUCUAAACAAAAGUGUUAGAAGUGUGGUUGCCAGGUACAUUCAAGAUGUCAAAUGAAUAAAAAUUCCACAUUCGACUGUAAUGGCGUCAAUGUGGUGUUAUGGUUACUCUUACCGUACGUAGCUAAUGCCCGAGAAUGUUACUGUUCAACUUACAGGUCGCGUACUAUACAGGGUGCUGGGGAGUAUUUCCCAUAACUCUGGGGUUAUAUUAUUUAUCGAUAAUUAAUUAAAAAUGUUCAAAGAACAUAUUGUUUUCUACGCAUCGUAGCCAAACUUUAAAAUUUUAAAAUGUAAGGAUAGAUAAAGGCGUGUGUUACCAUAGUUGGAAAUUUUUGAAUUACUUUGUAUGAAAACAUAGUUUUUAUUUUUUAGUAAAAAAAUAUUAGUUAUGCACUUCGGCUUCUAUAUAAUUGUGUAACAAAAACUCCAGACGAGAUUUUUCUUAAUUAAGAAUUAAAGUAGGCCUAAUAAGGCGUGGUAUCAAUGUCAUAGUAUAAAAAAAACGUGCGCGUCUCGGGAUGCUCGACAGAAGUGGUAACUUGAACCUGCUGCCGUAUGCUUGAGGGAAAGGGAAGCCAGACAGUGGUGCCGUAACGCGUUACGUUACGAAGCGGCUUACCCUUCCACAAGAAGUCACUUACAACACACAACUUCUGCCUAAAUUGUGAUAACAGUAAUGUUAGUGGUGUAUCCACCAUUUGCGUUUUAUCCAUUAAUUACGAGAGAACCUGUAUAAUAUCUAAAUCUAAAAAUUCGGUUUUUUUUAUUCUUUUACAAGUUAGCCCUUGCCUACAAUCUAUACACCUGAUUGCAUACACCUGAUGGUAAGUGAUGAUGCUAUCUAAGAUGGAAGCGGACUAACUUGUUAGGAGGAGGAUGAAAAUCCACUCCCCUUUUGGUUUCUACACGACAUCGUACCGGAACGCUAAAUCGCUUGGCGGUACGUCUUGGUAGGGUGGUAACUAGCCACGGCCGAGGCCUACCAGCCAGACCUGGACUAAUUAAGAAAACCUCAUUCGGCCCAGCUGGGGAUCGAACCUAGGACCUCCGUCUUGUAAAUCCACCGCGCACACCACUGCGCCACAGAGACCGUCAAAAUUAAUUGUGUUUCUACACAAUUUCCGUAUAAAUAAGAUAACUGUACUGGCAUUGGCACUACAGUAAAUGAUAGGUUUAAGGUAGAUGAAAAGUUGUAUUUUUUAAAAACAUCAUUAGGUACGAAAUUUUUAUUAUAAAUACGUACGAGGGCCAAAGUGGCUUUAAAAGAAAAACUUUUUGCGCAUUUUGUGCUUUUGCAAGGUUUUAAAGUUUAUUUAAAAAGUUAAAUAUUUAUUUAACUUUUCUUCUUAACACUUUGCAGAUAAAGUAAAACCCUACUUCAAUAAAAAAAAGGUUUAAUGCAAUAUCUCUUAUUGUUUCUAAAACAAAAGUUAUUUUCAUUAUUAUAAAUUAUUAUUAGUGUAGGCUAUUUGUGUAGGUAUUUCUAAUUAUAAUACUGCAUUCAAUAGCUUUACUUUAUAUGCUAGUUUAUAAAGAAAUCAACCUGAAUACAUAACAAUUAGUAUACCAGUGACCUAAAUCCUAACCACUUUUGCAUUGGCAGCCUUAAUUCAAACCGCAUUUACUUGGCAAUGAGUAUUUAUGCGGUCAUGAUAAUGUUUCUGUACAUGCUAAUGAAUAGAAGCAGGUGUUAUUUUGCGGAAGUUCAUCAUGAAUAUACAUUUAAUGAUUUAUUUAUUUUGCUAUCAUCCGCAAAAUACCGACGAACCCAUGCGACAACGUCACCCAGGUCCGACAAAAUACUCUCUAUGUACGUUUCACCCCGAAACCGGAGCAUCCUCAGGAGAUGUUGACUCUACAACAUGCAAGGGUUCGUCGCCUUUUCGCGGAGGAUAGCAAAAUAAAUAAAUCAUUGUAUAUUCUUUACAUACUGUAUAUCUAAACUCUGAAUUUAUUAAAGCUAAGAAAAAUAUCGUAUUCUUUGUAAAUAUUAAACAAUUUUCCUGUCUUGAAGAUUAUAUCUAUCAAAAUUACUAGGUACCUACAUUAACUAGACAACGUACCUCGACUUUAUUAUUAUUUAGAUGAAUUUAAUAUAUAAAUGUCUAUAUAAGAUAAUGUUAUAAAAAUAUACUCAUAGUUAGAAAAUAAUGUUAGAAGAAAAUGUUUUUGUUUAUUAAAUUAAAUGUUUCGUGGUCUAUAAUGUCA